UAGAAAAUCAAUACAGUUGAUCCCUCAGUUUAGAAAAGGGCAAGGCACGUCCACGGCAAACAGUCCACUGGCUAGUCGGUUACUUGCGGAUAAUUUCGCAAGUCAAGCCAAACUGGUGAUAUGUGGAUCAGUUCAAGGGAGAUGCUAGUCCCGUGUUUGCUUGUUGGCGUCAUUUUCAUGCUAGAACCUGGCAAAGUGUCAGCACAAGGACAGAUAAAACCAGGCAGUUGCCCUCCUGUCCAAAAUCCUGGUACAUUGGAAUGUCCACCAACACCAUCUCUCAACUCAGAAUGUUUACUCGACAGAGACUGUAAUGGUAGCAAGAAAUGUUGCUUUGAUGGUUGCGUUAUGAAAUGCCAAGAUCCUGGAGUUGUUCAGCCUACCCGUACACCCAAUAUUGAUGUCAAACAAGGUAAAUGUCCUGUUAUCAAAGAUCUUGAAACGAAGGAAUGUCCUGCUCCAGAAAAUCUGCAGACAGAAUGUUUACUCGAUGCUGACUGUACUGGUACAAAAAAAUGUUGCACUGAUGGCUGCAGCAUGAAAUGUCAAGAUGCUAUACUUCCACCUACUCUACCUCCAAUUAUUAUCGGCCCAAAGGGGGAUCCAGGUGAUAAAGGACCUCCUGGCCCUCCUGGUCCAAAAGGAAUUCCUGGGGAUCCUGGAGAACCAGGAAUAAAGGGUAUCAAAGGAAGCAAUGGAAACAAUGGAAGGGAAGGAAAACAAGGAAGAAGAGGCAAGCCAGGACCUCCUGGUAAAAAAUUAAAUGAGACAGAAGAGGAGAUCAAGCCACCUGAGCCUUUGAGAACUGUUAAAGGACCGGGGCCAGGUGACACAAUAGAGGUAGGAGCAGUGACUGAUCCAAACGGAGGUCAAUCUGGCAAUCAACCUGAAAUUGGACCAGCAGGUAUUCAGGGAAAAGCAGGAGGGCCUGGUGCUCCAGGACCCCAAGGAGAAAGAGGUGAGCCUGGGACAGUUGGCCCAAUUGGACCAAGCGGAGAGCUGGGUCCCAAAGGAUUUCCAGGACCUCCUGGACUGUCAGGAAAAGAUGGCAAAGAGGGCAGACAAGGGGAACCAGGAACUGCUGGACCAAAAGGAGAUGCAGGACCUAUUGGUGUUAUUGGUGCCCCAGGCUCAACAGGAGCUCCAGGUUUUAAAGGACUCAAGGGUGAUCAAGGGACGAAGGGUAUUAAAGGAGUAGCCGGAGAAGAUGGCGACAAUGGAACUGCUGGUGAACCGGGUGUUGCUGGUAGUAAAGGAGCCACUGGACCCACGGGCCCAAGAGGUACAAUUGGAAAACCAGGGAAACAGGGUGUUAUAGGAGAACAAGGUGCGCCAGGAGCCACAGGUGUUCGGGGAGUACCGGGACUUCGAGGUUUGACAGGUCCGCCGGGUGAAAUUGGUGCAACUGGUUCAAAAGGAGACAGAGGUGACAUUGGGCCAACAGGUGGUAGUGGUGAAACCGGAGAACGCGGACCCGCUGGUCCAGCAGGGCCUAAAGGACAAAUAGGAGAUCUUGGCAAUCGUGGUCGCCGUGGAAAACAAGGACGCAAAGGUGCAACGGGUGACCCUGGCCCUCGAGGACAAAGAGGAACUGUUGGUGACAUAGGACAAACGGGUCCAAGAGGAUCAGUUGGUUCUUUAGGAAAUCCAGGACCUCAGGGAGAACCUGGAGGGAAAGGAGCUUCUGGACCAAAAGGCAUCAAAGGUGCCGAAGGUGACAUUGGAGCACCGGGUCCUUCUGGGUCAGUUGGACGGAUAGGAAAAACAGGUCGAAGCGGAGCUCGUGGUCCUGCCGGCGAACCUGGAUUACAAGGAAAGAUAGGUGCUCGAGGAUUGCCUGGUGACCAAGGACGGUCGGGGGUUCCAGGACAAAAGGGUGCCCAAGGUGAGCGAGGACUGUCUGGAUUGUCGGGGCGCAAAGGGUCAGCUGGUGCCCCUGGUGUAAACGGUGAUACGGGACCUCAAGGACCAAUGGGUGAUCAAGGAGAAGCUGGCCAGGCCGGAGUUGAUGGGAAAAGCGGAGUAGUGGGGAAUCCUGGUUUAGAUGGAAAGCCUGGUGUACAAGGUACCCAUGGUCCAAGUGGCAAAAGAGGUGCCCCUGGCUUGGAUGGGCCAAAAGGUACAAGAGGGACAAACGGAGAUGGUGGUGAACCAGGACGAUUAGGGGCAAAAGGAGAUAAGGGUGAUAUUGGACCUGUUGGUCCGGAAGGGUCAAUAGGACCUCGUGGACGGCCAGGAGAUCGUGGACAAACAGGUUCAGUUGGACUAACGGGUGAAACUGGUGCAAAAGGAUCUCCUGGCUCCAUUGGUCCAGUCGGGCCACCAGGACGAGAGGGUGAUCCUGGACAGGACGGUGAUCCUGGAGAUGACGGUAAACAAGGAAGUCAGGGAACCAGGGGAGCCAGAGGCUUGCCUGGAGAAAUCGGAAGAAUGGGGCCGCGUGGACUGCCUGGAGAGAAAGGUGAAGCUGGUAGAGAUGGACGCCCGGGAGAAAGAGGAUCUGUUGGUCGAACUGGACAAACAGGAAGUCCGGGAGCACAAGGAAAAAACGGAGCAACUGGAUUGGCAGGUCUAAAUGGAGCAAAAGGAGAAAAGGGAACAUCUGGCAUGAAGGGUGAGCGGGGUGAAAAUGGUCAAGAUGGCAAACGUGGGAGCGACGGGCCACGUGGAGUCAAAGGAAUGCAAGGAGAAUCUGGCCCAAAGGGCACGCAAGGAAGGUUGGGAUCUCCUGGCCUCUUAGGAAAACGUGGUCCCGCUGGAAGUAAAGGACAACAGGGACCAAGAGGGCCAUUUGGAGAAACUGGAGUUAGGGGUCCAGAUGGAUCUGCUGGACAAAAGGGAGCUCGUGGAGAACGCGGAGAUAAGGGAGAAAGUGGUGCUCCUGGGGAGCCAGGUCCUCAAGGACCGGGGGGUAUUGUGGGUCAACUUGGAGAAGCAGGCGAGAAGGGCUCAACAGGAUCCAAUGGCUCCCCUGGUAUCACUGGAAGGCAAGGUGAUAUUGGACUUCCCGGCCCCGAAGGAAUGCAGGGUGAAACUGGGUCACCAGGAUCCCGUGGAGCUCCAGGAAAGACUGGUUUGAAGGGAUAUUCGGGUGAACCAGGCAGUCCAGGACCAAUUGGAACAUCAGGAUCGCCAGGGAGAAAUGGCAGAACAGGUAGCAAUGGUGAGCCAGGGGAUGAAGGACCUCAGGGUGCUCAAGGAGCUUCUGGAGAAGCAGGUCCCAGAGGAAUGGAAGGUUCAAGGGGAGUUAGUGGACCACCAGGAAUGGUCGGAGCCGUUGGACUUCAAGGAAUUAAAGGAGAUUCUGGAAAUAAUGGAAUUUCUGGAACCCCCGGAAAUAAAGGACGAGUGGGAGCAGUUGGACCGGCGGGACCAGCCGGACCUCCAGGACAGUCUGGAACAGAAGGAUCGCCUGGUGAAGAUGGUGCUCCCGGAACUCACGGAAAGCGAGGGGGAAAGGGUGAAGCUGGAGACCCCGGUAUUGUUGGAUAUCCGGGCAGACAAGGAAGCCCGGGUCGACCCGGACUUAUGGGAGAGGAAGGCGCCAUGGGUGCCCCGGGUCAAGCGGGCUCACCGGGGGCUUCAGGAAGUGUUGGCGCUGCUGGUGACCGAGGUUUCCCUGGGCGAAAUGGAGUAAAAGGAAGUAAGGGUUUCCGUGGACCGAAAGGUGGGAAAGGAGACAAAGGUUGGCGUGGAUUUAAAGGCGGCCGAGGGCAAAGAGGCCUUCGUGGACAAGUCGGUGACCAAGGGAAUGAUGGUAAACCUGGUAAAAUUGGUUAUUCGGGUCCAAAAGGAUAUCGUGGAAGACCUGGUGUUGAUGGAGAAGCAGGGGAAGGUGGCUUACCUGGUAACCAAGGAAGGCUUGGUGAUGAGGGAGGAAGAGGCAGAAGUGGUCAAGAUGGUUACCCCGGGCCCCCUGGACCUUCAGGCCCCCCUGGGCUACCAGGCUCUUCAGGCAUUCUAUCAGGGAGUCUCGGGCAGUUGAUCGGAAAUCAGCGAGCAGAGAAAGGCCCCGCAUACCAGCAAGCAUAUCAAGGAUAUUACCAACAACAGUUCCAGCAAAGAUAUUACAGUGGAAGAACAGUUGACAAAGAUAGCAGCUCAGAGAACGAAACACCAAAGCUCGACAGGGAAGGAGUGUUUAGAUAUCUUGGUCUUUUGGAAUUGGAGAUUCAAGCCUUGCAGCGACCAGACGGUAGUAGGGCCUACCCUGGAAAAACCUGCCGUGACCUGCAAAUGUGCUUCUCGGACUUGAAAAGUGGCGAAUAUUGGAUCGAUCCAAAUCUUGGUGCUCCAAACGAUGCAUUCAAGGCAUACUGCAAUUUCACAAGUGGAGAGACAUGCAUUUCACCCCAGACUACUAUGCACCAGAGAAAGAAAUGGGUCAGCAGUGGAAAAGAUGGCUUCAAGUGGAUGGUCGACGAACUGCUGAAAGAGCAGGUGGAGUACCUUGCUGAUGAGACCCAACUGAGACUUUUGCGAAUGAACAGUUUCUCUGUGCGUCAAAAUGUCACUUACCAUUGCAAAAACUCGCAUGCCCACAAAGAUUCGUCUGGCAAGGAGAUGACUUUCGUCAAACUAAUGAGCAAUGAUAACGUCGAAAUGCACAAAAAUUCCCACGUCGUCAACCGCCCGUACGUUAUAUCAGACGGCUGCAGCGUAAAGGAUGGCCAAUGGCACAAGACCAUUUUUGAAAUGACGUCAAAGCUCAUGUCCAGGCUCCCGAUCAAGGAUGUUGCAGUUUUUGAUGUUGCUGAUCCCGGCGAGGAGUUUGGCGUGGAGUUAGGGCCUGUGUGUUUCACAUAAGCCUUGGAUAAAGAAAACUCUAUGAAGUGAUUCGCGACAUGAAUUUCAUGUUGCAGUUUAGGACAGUGAUCGGCACUUUGUUACAGAAAGUGACAAUCAAUAUAGCAAAAACAUUAGUAUGGAUUUUGACAUAUCGUUUACGUAUUUUUAUCACAAUCACACACGUAGUUAGAAUAGAUUAUUGCGCGCGCGGGGAGGACCUUUUUAAAAGAUAUUAGUGGGCGGGAAUAGAGGGUGGUUUAGUAUUUUUUUGAUUCGCUGCAUGAAGAUUUAGACAUUUGUUA